UGUUGGGGCUCUGAUUCCUGAAUGUUCAGGGCUGGCCUAGGUCUUGGUCUGAUUUCCGUGCAGGAUUCAGAUCUCAGCCACACCGGAGUCACUGCUGGCUGUGACCAGGGAAGAGUGUGGAUGGGCCACUGGGCUCAGCCUCUACCUGCUUGUCCAUGGGGGCUGCUGCAGGAGUCCAGGGCAGCUCGUUCUUCAGGUGAUGCCACCAGAGGGCUCCAGCUGUUGCUAAGGGGGAGAGGUUUACACUGCAGUGGGCAACAAUCCCCCCAAAAUGGCCCCUUUGAUUCUGCUCUUUUCCUAGUGUUUGGCUCAGAGAUGCUGUUACUGGGAGGGUCUGAAGAACCUGGGGGAAAUUGGAGUGUGACAUGGACUGAAGCCCCUUCUGUAACCUCCCCCAUUGCCCCUCUUGCCCCAACAGGCUGAAGAAUCAGGUCCACAUUUUACUCCAGAUCAGCCCAUUUUCCAGAAGCCAGGGAAGGGAAAUGGCUGUGAUGGAGCCAGCUCAGGUAGGGGAUUUUCAGGGAGCUGCUGGGUGGGGGGAGGGAGAGGCAGGGAAGAGACAGGGUGUGAGAAACCUGCUGAUUUUCUGUGUAGGACCAUUGGUGAUGGGGAGGGAGGGACAUUCGCCCAUUUAAAAAACAGGAGACAACCCCCCUGCACAGGGAUGGAACCUGAACCCAGUAGCCAGAGGCUGCUGUGAAAUACGCAGAGAAGCUGUUGGGAUUCCUGUCCCUGUCCCCGGCUCAGACAUCUGCUUCCUGUAUCAGCCUCUGGCUGGCAGGGGUAUGAGAAAUGAGAAGACCCUGCGCUGCUCCGUGUGCUGGGGGGACAGGGAGCUCUCACCUUCUCCCACCCCCUGAAGCCUCCUGGCUGCUAUGAUGGGUAGGGGUCUGAUUCUGCUACCCUGGCCUCCCUGAGCUUCGAGUUUUUCCCCCUUUCCCGUGACUAGUGGGAUUGUGGCUGGGGCAGCUGACUGAGGGACUCUUGUUGUUCCAGAUGCCGGUGACCUUCGAGGAGGUGGCUGUGUAUUUCACCCAGGGGCAGGGGGCUCUGCUGGACCCCACUCAGAGAGCCCUCUACAGGGAUGUCAUGCAGGAGAACUACGAGACAGUGACCUCGCUGGGAUUUCCCAUGCCCAAACCUGAGCUGAUCUCCCGCCUGGAACGAGGGGAAGAGCCGUGGGUCCCGGAUCUCCAGGUCUGCGAGGAAAGAGAGAGCCUAAGAGGCAAUCGCACAGGUGCUGAACGAGGGAGUGAAAACGAGGAGGAGAAUCAUCAUGAGGAGGUUCCUGGGGAAGUGGAACCACAGGGGACCUUUGUGGGAAGAGUAGAAGGGAAUUUUUCCCAGUGCUGGGAACAGGGAGAAGCCUGGGGAAAUGGGCAGAAGUCAGAGAAGCUGCUGGGGAACCACCCAAGAAAUAAACUGGAUGAAUCUAUUAAAUGUGGGAUAGGAGACAAGGAUCCCACAACUCAGCAGACAAAUUCCAAGGAAGACAAACGCUAUGAAUGCCUCGGUUUUGGGGAAGGAUUCAUUGUGAGAUCACAGCUUGUUACACAUCAGACAAUCCAUACUGGAGAGAAACCCCUUCAGUGCUUGGACUGUGGGGAAAGGUUCAAUAAUCGCUCAGCCCUGAAUAACCAUGGGAGAAGCCACAGAAGAGAGAAACCCUCUCAAUGCCUUGAGUGUGGAAAAUGUUUCAUUUGGAAGUCAGAACUAAUUAGACAUCAGCUAAGCCACACAGGAGAGAGACCCCAUAAGUGCUUCGACUGUGGGAGAAGUUUCAAACAGAGGUCAGACCUUGUUAAUCAUCAGGCAAUCCACACAGGAGAGAGACCCCAUAAGUGCUUGGACUGUGGGAAAAGUUUCAUACGGAGGUCAAUCCUUGUUAAUCAUCAGAGAAUCCACACAGGGGAGAGACCCCACAAGUGCAUGGACUGUGGGAAAAGUUUCACAUGGAGGUCAGACCUUAUUAAACAUGAGAGAAUCCACACAGGAGAGAGACCUCACAAGUGCUUGGACUGUGGGAAAAGUUUCAGUCGGAGGUCAGCUCUUUUAAAACAUCAAGCGUUACACACAGGAGAGAGACCGCAUAAGUGCGUGGACUGUGGAAAAAGUUUUAUACAGAGGUCAGACCUUGUUAAACAUCAGGCAAUCCACACCGGAGAGAGACCCCAUAAUUGUUUAGAUUGUGGGAAAAGUUUCAUGCGGAGGUCAGACCUUGUUAAACAUCAGGCAAUCCACACUGGAGAGAGACCCCAUAAGUGUGUGGAUUGUGGAAAAAGUUUCAUACAGAGGUCAGACCUUCUUAAACAUCAGAGAAUCCACACAGGAGAGCGAUCCCACAAGUGUUUAGUCUGUGGAAAAGGUUUCAUAUGUAGGUCACACCUCAUUAAACAUCAUAGAAUCCACACAGGAGAGAGACCUCACAAGUGCUUAGACUGUGGGAAAUGUUUCAUACAGAGAUCAAACCUUGUUAGACAUCAGUCAAUCCACACAGGGGAGAGACCCCACAAGUGGUUGGACUGUGAGGAAAUUUCACGCAGAGAUCACACCUCAUUAAACAUGAGAGAAUCCACACAGGAUCUUAACUUCUCUGACACAGAGACAGAAAGUGUUAAGGAAAUAGCAUGUAAUUGACCUAGAUUCAACCUUUAGAGACAUGUUAGAAAAGUGUGUCCUCCUCAGAUAAACUAGAGCUUCAAGAGGUAACCGUGUAUUGUUAAAGACAUGGAAGAAGAUGGUAACUGUAGUAAUGUUUGUUUAGCUGUAUCUUGUUAGAGGUUAACAAUGGAAAUAAACAGUUCCUGUCUAGGGCUGUAUUCUGUGAAUUCAAAGCUCAAAAGAGAAUAUUAACAUUUAGACAAAACUUGGCUGUAAUAAUGUCAUUGUUUGUCUCCUGAAAGUUUGUUGAUAAACUUGUCUAUGAACUGCUUUAUGGAGAAUCACCUCAUGCUAAACCAUGUAAUUAAUUACUAGUGAUGUUUAGGAAAUAGAAGGUUAUUUCAAAAGCCUGUUGUUCAGCCAAUGACUGUGUGCUGUCGAGACAUUGCAAAAAUUAUCCUUUCUUCUCUGAUCUGCCUAAGCGUUAUUCCGGGGGCGUGCUGGGGGUGGAUCUUGCUAUUCUCCUGCAGGUCGCUCUCUCUCAGGAGUGGGGGAUGCAGAGGAAGAUGAUGGAGUCUUCAUUCUAGUGCUUCGGAACAGGGAAAUCUGCAGAGUGGAGACGUGGUCCUCCAGCCACAUCUUUGCUGCAUACUAUGUGAUCACCUGGCAGGCUAGAGAUAACAUGGCCUUCAGCAGGGCAGUGCUCCAAUCAGUGGAAGACUCUGACCCCACCACCUGAAUUUGGGCUUGUGAGUCACUUGCUUGGAAUGGACAUGAACCAGCACUCGAAGAAGAAAAACGGUUACUCACCUCGUAACUGUUGUUCUUCGAGAUGUGUUGCUCGUGUCCAUUCCAAUAUCCACCCCCCUCAGCCAGCAAGAAG